AUGUUACAAACAUUAAAAGAGAGUAAAUUAGUUUUGACUCUGUUUACAGAUAAUGAAUAAGUAGCAUAAGAUUCAGAAAUUAACGAUAACGUUGAAUUUAACUACAUCAGAGUAAAGGCAGCUUAAGCUAUAGAAGAAGCCAUCAAAUAUGCUGAUCAAAACCAAUACAAUCAAGGACAACAUGUAUUAUCAGAUAUGUUAAAAUAGAUAGAGAAAUCUCACCCUAAAAACUAGGCUAAGCUCUAAGUUCUUAAAGACGAUUUAGUUUAAUGUUAAUAAAACGUGCAACCUUAAGUGUACUAAAUUCAAGGUAAGCUCUAAGCAUAGUAACAAUGUGUUAGUCAUUAUAACUAAUAAUCAUAGGCAGUAAGAUUGAAUGAUAUGUAUUAAAUACCUCUUUAAAGAUAAAUGGUUUAAUAAUAAUAAUAGCAAAAGUAAUAAUAAAUUUGGAAUAAACCUUAAUAAUUGCCUUAAUAAUUAAUCUAGUUAUAAAAAAACCCACAAUAACAAAUCUAGUAAUAAUAACAGUACUAGUAGUAAUAAUAACAGUAGUAGUAGUAGUAAUAAUAACAUUAGCAAUAGUAAUAAUAACAGCAGUAGUAGUAAUAAUAACAAUAACAAUAGCAAUACUAAUAAGCAUAUUAAUAACAAUAUUAGAAUAACUAUCAUUGA